UUGGGGUUUCCUCAUGGAAUUCCCUUGUGGAAUCGCCUUGUGUCCCUGCAGCGUCUUCCCCCGAGGACCCCGCGAUGCCGCGCUGAGCUAGGAAGAGCCUUCCCUUGCCCACAGGUCCUCGCCAUGUUCACCAAGAAGAAGAAGCGUUUGGAGAUCUCGGCUCCCUCCAACUUCGAGCACCGCGUCCACACUGGCUACGACCAGCACGAGCAGAAGUUCACAGGGUUGCCCCGGCAAUGGCAGGGCCUCAUCGAGGAGUCAGCCAAGCGCCCCAAGCCCCUGGUAGAUCCCGUCUGCAUCACCACCAUCCAGCACACUUCCCAGAAGACCAUCGUCCGGGGCAGCAAAGCCUCCAAGGACGGCUCCUUGACCUGGCUCCUGGAUGAGUUUGAGAACAUGUCCGUGUCCCGUUCCAAUUCCCUGCGCAGGGACAGCCCCCCCUUCCCGCCCCGCCGCCACCAGCUCCACCAGGAGAACGGCCUCUCCCAAGGCCCAGCCUCAGCUCCAGCCCAAGAAGAUGCCGGGAGGAGCCGGAAGAGCCGCCCCGGGGCCGGGAAUGAGGUAGAACAGGGCAAAGAGAGACCUUGGGACAAGGAGGAGCACCAUGGCCAGCACCAGGCUCACCAGUGCCCCGCUCCCAAAGCCACUCCCGGCGGCCGCCCGCCUCCCGACUAUCCCAAAGCACCCCUGGAGAGGGACUCCAAGCAGGAGCGGGUGCUGCGGCGGGAGCGCCCCGAAGCCGCUGAGAAGCGCCCCAAGUCCACCUUGGGUGCUGGUGGGAGCAGCCCCCCAUCCCCCCGGGACAAGCGCCCGCUCUCUGGGCCCAGUAUCCGCACUCCCAACAUUCCCAUCUCGGAAGGGGUGAUGAAAACAGCUCAACAGACCGGGCGGGCCUUCAACACCUACCCCCGGGCUGAGACCGACCCCGGCCCGCAGGCAGAGCAGCGACCGGGCCGGCCGCAGGAGCUGGCCUCCAGUGGCCCCACCAACGCCUCCCGAGCUCCAGCCCGCUCAAGGCAGGAGAUGCCCCCCCAUCCACACCUCACCCCCCACGCCUCUGAUCCCCAACUGGCCCGGCAGCCCCCCCACCCCGGCCCUGCACCAGCUCCAGCCCCCCCAGCGGCAGGGGGACCCCAGCGGGAGCCCCAGCGUGUGUCCCACGAGCAGUUCCGGGCGGCGCUGCAGAUGGUGGUGGACCCGGGGGACCCGCGCACCUACCUGGACAACUUCAUCAAGAUCGGGGAGGGCUCCACCGGCAUCGUCUGCAUCGCCACCGUGCGCAGCUCGGGCAAGCUGGUGGCCGUCAAGAAGAUGGACCUGCGCAAACAGCAGCGGCGCGAGCUGCUCUUCAAUGAGGUGGUGAUCAUGAGGGAUUACCAGCAUGAGAAUGUGGUGGAGAUGUACAAUAGCUACCUGGUGGGCGACGAGCUCUGGGUGGUCAUGGAAUUCUUGGAAGGCGGUGCCUUGACCGACAUCGUCACCCACACCAGGAUGAGCGAGGAGCAGAUCGCCGCCGUCUGCUUGGCCGUCUUGAAGGCCCUCUCUGUCCUGCACGCCCAAGGGGUCAUCCACCGCGACAUCAAGAGCGACUCCAUCCUCCUGACGCACGACGGGCGGGUGAGCAGGGCCCCCCAGCACCCCAGGCUCUGGUGGUGCCCCCCCCCAAUCCUCACGUCCUCCUUCCCACCCCAUGCCCAGGUGAAACUCUCGGACUUCGGGUUCUGUGCCCAAGUGAACAAGGAGGUGCCGCGCCGCAAGUCCCUGGUGGGGACGCCCUAUUGGAUGGCACCAGAGCUCAUCUCCCGCCUCCCCUAUGGACCAGAGGUGGAUAUCUGGUCCUUGGGUGUGAUGGUCAUAGAGAUGGUUGAUGGGGAGCCGCCGUACUUCAAUGAGCCACCCCUCAAGGCCAUGAAGAUGAUCCGGGACAACCUGCCCCCCAAGCUUAAGAACAUUCAUAAGGUUUCUCCAUCACUCAAAGGCUUCCUGGACCGGAUGCUGGUGCGGGACCCAGGCCACCGCGCCACGGCCACCGAGCUGCUGAAGCACCCGUUCCUGGGCAAGGCAGGGCCCCCCUCAGCCAUCGUCCCCCUCAUGCGCCAGAACCGCCUGCGGUGAGGCCACUGCCGCCACCAUCCUCAUCCUCACCACGCUGGGACUCUGCUUGGUGGCCCCCGGAACACACGUACUACUGAGGGAGGGGGCAAGCCCACUGUGAGCAGCCCCACCGCAGUCUUGGGGGGCCAGGGGGGGCCUCCUCAGCCUUGGGGAGCCAUUUGGUGGAGGUCCCUAACUUCCUUCUCCUUCUAACCCCCACUUUUUUAGCCCCAUCCACCCAUGCGGUGUCUCCAAAGUGGGGUGGGGCAACCCCAAACUCCAACCCUAUGGCCACACUACUGAUUCAGGGGGUCCCCUACCCCAAAUGUGGGGUUGGGGUUCCCCCACCCCAAACAUGGAUCUUGGGGUUCCCAUAACCCCAAACCUGGUUCUUGGGGGGUUUUGGGUGGGUUUUUCCCCCCAUUUUGUUUUUUAAAGCUAUUUAUAUUGUUAUUUUGUAGCGCCGCGGUUUGGGGGGGGCCCCGGGGCUGGCACAUGGGGGGUCCCCCCAAGAUUCCACACGUCCUUUUGGAGACA